GGCUGUGAAGUAGUGUAUUUUACUUUCCUGUCGCUCACAGUCUGAGGCCUUUUCACACUUUUGAGUUUUUGAAGUCAUAACGACAAGGGGAGAAAAAAACGAUGGCUUCGGACUCCUGGGCCCAGGCAGUGGACGAACAAGAGGCGGCGGCGGAAUCAAUUGGAAACCUUCAAUUAAAAGACACGCCUGGAGAAAACGGAACAUCUAUACCUUCAGCAGGCGGUACUGUUGCAAAGUCAGGAGAUAAGACUUCAGGAGACAAGACGACAGAUGAAGAUGAAAGUGAAGAUAAAGCGGCCCAGUCGUUGCUGAACAAGUUGAUCAGAAGUAAUCUUGUCAACAACACAAAUCAAGUUGAAGUGCUUCAAAAGGAUCCCAACUCUCCACUGUACUCUGUCAAAUCUUUUGAGGAGUUGCGACUGUAAGUGUAUAU